AAAAGGUUCUCGCAGGUCUGCCAAGUGGCGCUCGUCUGGUGGCGCUGCCACUCGGACUGUGGCGUUUUCAGAAAACUUACGUUCGGUCGGUGUCGGUAAACGAAAGAAAAAACGAAGAAGCGUUGCAUUAUGGUCGACUUGUAAAACCGUCAAUGCCUCAACGUGCCAUCUUUGCUGACUUAGAUGUCAUAAACCCUCAAUUAGUCACUAUGCCUCGGCCUUGCCAGGUUGGACCCCAUGAGCCGGGGUUGUCUGUUCAUGGUGCUGGUCACAGCAUAGUCAACAAACCUCCUAGAGGAUGGCUGCAUUCUGAUAAGCAGAUCUCAGACGAGGGAAUCACUUAUGCUGUUAGGUACAUUGGUUAUCUUGCAGUUAACACCUCCAUGAAAGCUUUGGAUUUUGAAACACGUUCCCAAGUUGCUAAGGAGUGUAUUAACAGAGUUUGUGAAGCUGCUAGUCUUAAAACUGUUGACAAAAAGAGAAAGGUGGAUAAAAGAGUAUUAAAAGCUAUAGGAGAACGACCAAUCAUGGACGAUGCAGGAACUAAUGUAAACCUUACCAUAUCUAGCUCACAUCUCAUCUUAACAGCUCUUGAAACUGGUCGAGUUUUAGCUACUCACAGCAUGCCACAUAUAUCAUUUGCAUCUGGAGGUGACACAGACACACUGGACUUUGUUGCGUAUGUUGCUAAAGAUGACCAUGAUAUUCGGGCAUGUUAUGUUCUGGAAUGUGGUGGAGGACUAGCCCAAGAUGUUAUCACUACCGUUGGCCAGGCUUUUGAACUACGCUACAAGGAGUUUCUAACAAGACCUGGCAGUGCCACCUUAAUGCCAAGGGGUGAUGACCGUGAGUACUACAAUGACUUACCUGGGAAGGUUCCUCCCGACAUAGGACCUCCUCCUGUGCCGCCAUUGCCCACAGUACACAAUACCUGCACCACCAACACUAUGACAAUGAGCAAUCUCUGUAGGGCAGAAAUUUCCGCCCCAAAUUUGAUUGACUUAAACAGUGAAGUGCCUCCACCACCUAUUCCACGACCAGAGCAUAAUUAUGUAAAUGACAGUGUUAUGUCAGAGGCAAGGGACCGUCUUAAUUCUGUUCAACCUCGAGAUAUUUUUGACAUGCAGCCAUUCAAUACUGCUGUUGAAAGUACGAGUGCCCGUGUGUCAAAUCAGAGAGGACAACUUCUUAAUGAAAAAUGGUUCCAUGGAUUUGUGAGUCGCCAAGAAGCUGAGGCCCUCUUGACCAGAGAUGGGGAUUUCCUUGUAAGAGAAUCUCAAGGCUCUGCUGGGCAGUUUGUUCUCACUGGCUUGCAAGGUGGAGUUAAAAAACACCUCCUCCUAAUAGAUCCUGAAGGAGUGGUUCGGACUAGAGAUAGAAUGUUUGAGAGUGUGAGUCACCUUAUAAAAUAUCAUUGUGAAAAUCAGUUGCCAAUCAUAUCAGCUGAAAGUGCCUUAGUAUUAAGAAGACCUGUACCCAGACCAGGAAUUGCAAUCAUGAGUGUGUUUUAGGACUGAAGGACUGUUGUUACUGUUACAAUCGAAGCUGACAAAUGGUUAGUUCAAUGUUUCAUUAUUGUUUUUGUUCAACUUAAGAUGAAUUUAUUCUCAAUCAAUUUUAUCAUAUUUGAAAAACACUUGUUCAUUUUUAUCACUGCACUUAUUAUUUUCUACUCUCGCCAUGAAACUGAAUAACGAUCGUCUCUGUCCCCUAAAAAAGUUAUGGCAUACCACCCCUAAUGUUUUUAGGACUUGCCCAAUGUGCCUGUUUCUGAUCCAAAUUAUUGUACUGCUUUUGUGUGAUCAAGAAUAUAUUAGAUAACUGUA